AUGGGCGGAAGGAAUAUCACAGAGGUGUCUGACUUCAUCCUCAUGGGACUGACAGACUCUGAAGAGAUCCGGCUGGUCCUCUUCACCUUAUUUCUCCUGAUGUACCUGAUUACUGUGCUGGGCAAUGCAGGAAUGGUGUUGAUAAUCUUCCUGGAUCUUCAGCUUCACAGCCCCAUGUAUUUUUUCCUCAUUCACCUGUCAUUUCUUGACCUUAGUUUCUCAACUGCCGUCACCCCUAAAGCUUCAGACAACUUACUGACUUCCAACAGGUGCAUUUCCUACCUGAACUGUUUCCUCCAGAUGAACUGUUUUGUCUUCGUGGGGGUCACUGAGUGUGUUCUCUCCUCCAUGGCCUAUGACUGCUAUGCAGCCAUCUGCAAGCCUCUGCGUUACCCAGCGAUCAUGUCCACCAGACGCUGCUGCUCUCUGGUCUUCAGAUCCUUCUUGACUGGCCUCAUGGACACCUUUGUCACUCUGCUUUGCAUGAGUAAAUUGCAUUUCUGUGACUCUACUGUCAUCUGUCACUUCUGUGAUGCACCCCCAGGUUUAGCCCUGUCCUGCGCUGACACACAUGAUAUUGAAAUCAUGAUAUCCAUUUUUGCUGUCUCCACCCUGGUGGUGUCUCUUAUUACAGUAUCUGUGUCCUAUGUGUCCAUCCUGUCCACUAUCCUGAAAAUCACUUCCACUUCAGGGAAGCAGAAAGCCUUCUCUACUUGUGCCUCCCAUCUCCUGUCAGCCACCAUCUUCUAUGGCACUACGAUUUUUACUUAUGUAAAACCAAGUCAGUCCUACUCUUUAAGUGGUUUCUGUUUUUUAUAG